AUGGCACUCGACGCCAUCACGAGCGCCGUGCCCAUGGAGAUGGUGGCGUCGCUGGCCGUGAAGGACUCUGCGGCCGAGGCAUGGGAAGCGGUGAAAUCCAUGCGCGUCGGCAGCGAGUCAGUUCUCAAGUCCAAGGCGCAGCGGCUGCGACGGGAAUUUGAGGGGAUUCGGUUCAAGGAAGGUGAGUCCGUCGACGAUUUUGUUAUCCGCCUCACAAAUCUCGUCGCCGCAUUGAGCACCGUCGGUGAAACCAUUGAGGAGAGCAAGGUUGUGGAGAAGCUUCUUCGAGUCGUCCCCAAGCGCCUUUCCACGGUGGCAGUCGCCAUUGAGGUCACGACGGACCUCACGAAGCUGAGCCUGGAGGACGUCGGUGGAAGGCUGCGCGCCGCGGAUGAACACGCGGCUGAAGACGAUGAGCCACCGCCAGUCCGCGCUGACGGCAAGCUCUACCUCACCGAGGAACAAUGGCUGGCGCGGAACAAGGAGCGGAAGAAGGGAGAAGGGACCUCUGGCGGGUCCAAGUCCGGCAAUCGCCGGAGGAAACCGCGCCGAGGUUCAUCGAGUAGUGGUGCCUCAAGCGCUGGUGUGGGCUGGGAGGCCACCAAGGACCAGUGUCACCGGUGUGGCAGGACGGGCCACUGGGCCCGUGACUGCCGCUCGAAGCCCAGAAACGGUGAAGCCCAUGUUUUGCAGGCUCAGGAGGACGAGCCCACCCUGCUGAUGGCCAGGGUGAACUCGGUCCAGAUUCACUCCGCGUUGCCGCCGCUGCACGGGGUCAUCACGCCGCCGCCCCUGCCGGUGCCGCACUCCUCGCUGACACGUUGGGAGCCGGGGGGAGCGCCGAGGCAUCCCGUGGUGGGGACACCACCAAAUUUGUCAGCAGGCCUGCUGAGGUCGGGAGUCACGACGGUACAUCCCGUGGAGGUCAAGGCGCCGGUGCACCUCGAGGAGGCCAAAGCGUUCGCACAGCUGGAUGGGGACAGGUUCGCCGACGACGCCCUCUGGUACCUCGACACGGGCGCGACCAACCACAUGACGGGGUCACGCGAUGUCUUCUCCAAGAUCGACAACAGCGUCUACGGCACGGUGAGGUUCGGCGACGGGUCAGUUGUCAACAUCGAAGGGCGCGGGACAAUGCUCUUCUCCUGCAAGACCGGCGAGCACCGGCAGCUCACCGGAGUGUACCACAUCCCGCGCCUCGACACCAACCUCAUCAGCAUCGGUCAGUUGGACGAGGACGGCUACGACGUCCACAUCAACCACGGCGUGAUGCACAUCCGAGACGAGCAGCGAAGUCUACUGGCGUGGAUCCGGCGCCUCCCUAACAGCCUCUACACCAUCCGGCUCCAGAUCACGCGCCCAGUGUGCCUGUCGGUAAGGCGCUCCGACGCGGCAUGGCACUGGCACGAGCGUUUCGGCCACAUCAACUUCCAGGCGCUGCGGAAGCUAGCAAACGACAACAUGGUUCGAGGACUGCCACAUAUUGAUCAUGUGGAUCAAGUGUGUGACUGA